AUAAGGAACACAUUUUACAAGUGCAGGAAGAGGGAGGAUCGCAGACGAGGGACUCCUUCGCUACCGGGCACCUGGGACACCGUCACCGUGCUUCACACUCGUCUUCUACCUGGAUCCCAGUGGAUUGGCUAACCAACCGGUGGAUUCUUUAUUUUUAAUAGACGCUCGCGCCACAUCAUUUCAGAAGCUGGGACCAUUCCUCCGCGUUAUCUGCACAUCCCCCCCCCCCCACCCCCCUCCACCCUCUGGCUCCACCGCUACGGACUGAGAUUUGUUGUGAUUCUGCUCCGCGCACAAAGUGCAUCUGUCGGCAAUCCGGUGCUGAGGAUAUCUCCACUCUGUCAACCAGGACGGCACGCAGCCACCGUCGGAUCAGACUACAGAGACGAGCGAGAGAGAGAGAGACAGUUUGUGUGUGUCAGAGAGGGACACAGAGAGCGAGCGAGAGAGAGAGAGGGGCAGUGAGAGAGAGUCCGAUCCACAGUGUGUCUGAGGCAGAUUAAAGCCCGGGCGGAGGACUGGAGUCAAACAGCUCUCCUAGAGAAGUGAACCGACACAUCCUCUCCCGUUUUCCUCGCCAUCCCUUUCCUCCUCCUCUCCUCCUCUUCUUCCUUCUCCCAUUCUCCAACAUCUAGAGGACUGCCAGUCGCGACCGCCACCUGCGCCUCUUCACGUCUCCUCUUCUCCUCCUCUUCCUCUAUCUCACCCUCACAGUACGUUACCGACCACCGGCGGGCACGGCGCUCGCGGCUCUAGCACUUGUGGAAAUAUUUCCAUUGAUCCCGGCAGCGGGAGAGAGAGAGAGACAGAGAGACUUGAGCGAGCAUCCGCCCCGAGGCUACCGGACCGGUGAGCUUCCCCAUCAGCAGCAGACAUUCUGCCCAUCUGCUGUCCGGCGCGCGAAGCCCCCGUCUUCCCCCCGGAGGACCGGCUAGCGACAGAGCGGUGCGGACGGCAAAGACAGGAACCGCACAGCCUCCCCCGCAGCCUCUAUCCCAUUGCUAGCUACUUGGAAGCUUGCGACCCCCGUGUCACCAUUCCCUGCCUCAGUGCUAAGGAUUUCAGCUACAUGGGCAAGCGAUUGGAGCAGCAGCCAAUGUACCCUCAGUACACCUACUACUACCCCCACUAUCUCCAGACCAAGCAGUCCUAUGCUCCACCCCCUCAUCCCAUGGCUCCUCCCAGCCCAAGCACCAACAGCUGCAGCCAGGGAGGGGCGGAGCAGCUGAGUAAGACCAACCUGUAUAUCCGAGGCCUGCCACCUGGGACCACCGACCAGGACCUCAUCAAACUCUGCCAACCGUAUGGAAAAAUAGUGUCAACCAAAGCCAUCCUGGAUAAAAACACCAACCAGUGCAAAGGAUAUGGCUUUGUGGAUUUUGACAGCCCGGCUGCAGCACAGAAGGCCGUGUCGUCUCUCAAAGCCACCGGGGUGCAGGCCCAAAUGGCCAAGCAACAGGAGCAGGACCCCACCAACCUGUACAUCUCCAACCUGCCAGUGUCGAUGGAUGAGCAGGAGCUGGAGAACAUGCUGAAGCCCCUGGGUCACGUCAUCUCCACGAGGAUACUGAGGGAUGCCAACGGGGUCAGCAGAGGAGUCGGCUUCGCCAGGAUGGAGUCCACAGAGAAGUGUGAAGUAGUGAUACAGCAUUUCAAUGGCAAAUACCUGAAAACCCCGCCAGGCAUUCCAGUUCCCUCGAGCCCCUUGCUAUGCAGGAGAGCAGAUGGAAAGGGGCAGAGAGGGAAAGAAGGUGAUGGGAGUUACCUUCACGGCGCCCGUGAACCCUGGGGGAAUGACCGCCAGCCUCAUGGGGUGAAUUCAGCUUUCGACCCAUCCGAUCUGCAAAAUGGGUUCUACUCCUCGCCUUACAGCAUCGCUACCAACCGCAUGAUCGCACAGACCUCCAUCACGCCCUUCAUCGCUGCUUCCCCCGUUUCCACAUAUCAGGUCCAGAGUACGUCAUGGAUGCCUCACCAACAAUAUGUAAUGCAACCUACAGGUGCAGUGAUCACGCCAGCCAUGGACCACACUAUGUCCAUGCAGCCUGCCAGCAUGAUGGGCCCUCUCGCCCAGCAGAUGAACCAUCUGUCCAUGGGCACUACAGGAAGUUACAUGACUGCUGCAGCUGCCGCGGCGCCUAUGCAAGGGACCUACAUUCCCCAGUACACUCCUGUGCCUCCAACAGCCGUCCCUGUCGAAGGAGUGGUGACGGACGCCUCCCCCCAGACGGUGGCUCCCUCGUCACAGGAGGUGUCCGGCCAGCAGCAGAUCCAGUUGGACAGCGCCGCCGACCACGUUCCUGCUUACUCAUACCAGUCCAAAUAACGGCCUGAGUGAAUGUUCCUGUGACAGCGUUGCCUUGAGACAGAAGGUGGCUGCACUGUGUAUGUGAGGAAAAGAGAAAAGAGAGAGAGAUUGCUUCCAGAUUGCCCAGGCACCAAAAAAGAGACACUUUUUUCAGUUCCUACCUGGCCGACGAGAGAGAAACAAAGAGGAGAAAAAAAAGAUGAGAGGAGGCGAAGAGUGCUGAGGAAGGGGAUGGGGAAAUUGCUGGGCACAGUGCAAAAAAAAAGUGAAAUUGUUUAGUCUGGGAAGCUGCCGGAAGUGCUGGGCUGAAGCUUGAAAAGUUUCUCAAAGAAAAUUCUCAACCAAUAAAAAAGAAAAAAAAGGAUAGAAAAAAGAAAAAGAAGAAAUUUAAAAAAAAAGGUUGAAUGCGCAGGUAGGCGAUGAAGUUUAUUUUGUAAUUAGAAAACGGGAGUCAAGUUUGACACACAGAGAUUGUCUUCCUCAGAUAUUAAGCUACAGUUUCUUUUCACUCUUUUUUAUGUUCUAGUGUUACAUUUUACUUUUCUAGAUAUAUUCGAAAAUCAAUGUUUUUUUUCUUUCUUGAAUCUUCAUGGCCUUAAUUUGAAGGGCGGCAGAAACUUUUUACAGAGUUUUAAGUCUGACGUCUGGUUGGGAAUUAAAAAAAUAAGCAAACAAAAUCAGUCUCUUGGACCACAUGGAGGGUGCAAGACGCUGGAGGAGUUGUUCAAAAGAGGAAAUAAGAAUCUAUCACAUAAGCUGUACAGAUUUAAUAGAGAAGAGCUUUUUUCUUUUCUUCAUUAGAAGAAAACUUUGAUAAUUAUUAUGUCAGAGGUAACUAAGUGUCAGAAGAAAACAAAACGUCUGUUGGGGACUUGUGUGGGGGGGGGAAGCUUUGAAGAGUUUUUUCACAAUGAGGAAAAAAUUAAAACAUAAGAAAACAUGCUGCAUUGUGAAUGCAGUCUGUUGCAAAUGCUGAACUUGUUUUUUAUUAUCAUUAUUAUUAUUUUACAUGGCAACGUUGCUGUCGAUGACAUUAGUGCUUUUUAUCUGCCACAUUUUACCUUUUUUAUGAGCUUAAAGAUGUUUUUAGCCCGCUUUGCUUGUCACUGCAAAAAAAGAGGGGGGAAAAAAUAACAAAAAAAUAAUAAAAUACAAAAAACAAUAAUACAAAAAAAGAUUUUAAAAAUGUCUGGCAGUGAAAUAAAAACAGUAGAUUCAGUAGGAGCUUAUGGUUUAAACCAAUCAGUGCAAAAGCAAUAGAGGAAAUUGUUGACAAUUUCUGUAGUCUUUCCUAGUUGUGGAUCAAAUGCAGCCCAUGGAUGGCCAUUUUUAUACCAAAGAUGAAGAGACACUCUGAAACAGAGUUUUGUUUUAUUUUGUUUUCCUUUCUUUUCAUUUUUCAGUUUGAUUUUGUUGUUGUUGUUGUUGAUGCUGUUGUUGUUGAUGAUGUUAAUGUUGAUAUUGUUGUUGUUGAUGUUGCUGUUGUUGUUUUUUAUUUGACCUCGAUGGCCGGACCAGUCCUCACUAUCCUUCCCAACAGAUUCUUUUUCACCGGGUAUAAGCUAGUUUUCCACGGUUGUCACACACACACACACACACACACAUAAAUAUCUCAAAACACACACACUUACUGUACAAACACACACAUCCAACAGUAUUUAAAGUGAUGCAACCAGUGCUCCCAACAGUCCUUUCUCUUCAUCACCUGGUCUUGUCCUUUUUCUUCACACGUCACAUGACUCUUGCGAUGCUUACACACACCGCCGGUGCAUUCCACCUCUCUCUAUGUCUCUCUCUCUCUUUCUCUCUCACAGAUCCUGCAGGGAAAAACUUUAGGAAACAGAUUGUGGAAAGCUCCGUGGUCGUCGACACAUUGCUUCCAGCUCCGGUGGUUUUUGUCUUUAAGUCACCGCAGCUCACUCAACCUUCCCUCUGCACACUGAGCACCAGGACUGAUCUCCCUGUUAAUCUCCGUCAUGUCCCAUCUAACCCAGAAUACCAGAGGAGUGGUGUUUGCUGCAUAUUGGACAGGUGUGUGACUCUUUAGCAAUGAUUGCAUAAACUUGUAUGGCACUUAAUGGUAUUUACGGAGAAGAUUUAAAACAAUCAUGAGGAAGUAAUUGAAUCAUUUGACAUAUGUCAUGCUUCUCCCCGAGAGUUAAACGAGAAGUACAACGUCGCCCUCUCGUCUGUAUAUGAAGCUACCGCCGGCAGCUGGUUAGCUUAGCACAAAGGCUGGAAACAGGGGGAGACGGCGAGGACAACAUCCACCUACCAGCACCUCUGAAGCUCAAUAACUAAAGCUAGAAUUUUGUUUUCUCGGUACAAGAAACAAAGUGUAAACGCGACCCCUUGUGGUUGUUUGGGGGAUUACGCGCCGGACUGUUUCUUGGCCAAACUCGGUAAUUAACUGCAGUCUCGUCGGCACCGUGAGCUUGACGUGCAACCGGCCGAGACUCCAGGAAGUGCUUGUGAACAAGCUCCUGGAACAUUGAUCUGACCAGUGAGCGUUGUGAGACCGUCACUGUGGCGCCAACAAGCCGUGAACAGGUGUGUCUAAAGGGCCGCUGGGUAACUCGCCUCCUCACGAGCAGCAACAAGACGUUGGUGGCAGCUUCGGCCUCGUGUCCGUUGCUCCCCUGCUUGUCCCAAAACGACCGCGUCACGUCUUAUCCGGUCCUCCCGUCCCAGAGCUGUGUGAGGUGUUCAAUGAGUUCCCCCCCUGAGGGUUGUCCCCCUGAAGCCAUUGCCUGUGGGACGGCGGCCGUUCCUGCCUCUGUGGCGCUAAAGAGACCCUCGUUCUCCUCGCCCCAUAAUGUGCCAUGGCCGAGCCGGCGCUCCUGUUGCUCUCAUUGUCCCUCCCGCUCACUCCUCUCUCUCUCUCUGAGGUUUCUUCUCUUUAUUGGAUGGUGCAGAAGCAGAACCACAAACCAAUUUCAGUCACUCUCGCAAUGAGGCUUGACGGGCCCAAUUUGUCUCCCUCCGGGGCAAUCGGAUCCACUCCAGCGUCCCCUCCAAAGACCCCUUUCUCUCAGACGGAGGGAGCUUUUUGUUUGGCGACGUUUGCACGAGACCUCUCGCAGUUCACGGGACUCACUGCGAUCUCCGGCCCGGCGCCGCAUUGUCGGGCCGCGACGGCGUCGUCGUGCGCAUCGCGGCGACAUCCGCAACCCACGGCAAAACUGUACAUCGAGUGCCUUUGAACAAAGCUUCCGAAUAAUUCCAAAUGAUCCGUGUGACAAUGUCUUUCAAACAGCAAAGCACAUGGAAGAGCCUAUUUGUUUCAGAUGUGCUGAAGAGAUGCUGCUCAGUACAGAAGCUACUUUAUGGUGCUAAAGAGGAAGCCGUCUCGGACUUGUGUCCCCUGACCUCUGUGAAGAGCCGGCCACUGUUCAACACUCGGCCUGCAGCCCACCUGUCCACUUAGAGACACACAGACGGAACAGGCUGGUUCCUCAACCUCCCGGUCGAAGCCAUACACACAUUUAUUUAUUUCCCUCAGUCGGUGUUAUCACCUGCUUAUUUACGAAGGGGUCAGAAGCCAAAUGUGUCCCUCAAAGUGUCUCUCAACGACCGUUCUGCUGUUUAUUGUCCAAUCAAAUCGACACCUGCCCGUUUACUUUCUGCCACUCAACAUCUGCCUGUCCUCGCCUCGAGGCCGUGUCGGCCGUUACUCCCCAUGAACAAGUCCCCGCCCCGUUAGGCUCUUAAACGGAUCACAAGUUUGGGCUUUUGGAGCUCGUCCCAACGUCAUUGUUGCAUGAACUCGCUGCAUUUCAAGUAACCUUACCAGUUCAAUUAAGCUAGUGUGUGUGAAGAGUUCUCCGACUCCACAGUUCAGCUUUUAGAGAAUACAGUGGUCUCUACAAAGCUACAGCAGAGUUCUCCAGACUGUUUGUCUGCUGUUUUAUAGAGAACAUUUCUUCAGCUUAAUACGACUCGUGAUGCAGGAGUUGCACAUCGGAGAGCAGAGCGUCCCACACAUGUCCUGAGAUUCAACAGUAAUGGCAUUCUGGGAAAAUGGGAUUACAAAUAGCAAAGAGAUUAUGGAGAGGGAGAGAAAGAAAAUGCACAACAAAGAAUAUUAUCUCCAUUUUGCUAAUGGAGACUCAAGAAAAAGAUGUGAUGGCAGGUGUUUGCUUUUUAUGUGCGGCACCGAUAUUUCACAGAGAUCUGAAAGAUUGCCCGACCGAACAAACAGAAAUGGCUUUUUCUUAAUAGCACAACGGCAUAAUGUACUCUUCCGGAAUACCAAUACCUUCGUGCAGGAGUAUAGAAGGCAUGCCUGCCAUCUUAAGGAGGCUGUAGGAGAAACGCUCUGCUCCCAGUCCGCCCAUGUGUCAGCACAAACCAGGAGUCAGCUAUACCAAGAGAGAACGUGUGUGUGUGUGUGUGUGUGUGUGAUCAUCAUUAGCUGCUGUUGCCGGGCAAAAAGUGGUCCUAUAGCCUGGAGUUUUCUCCGUCUUCAUGCAGCAGCGUGUCCCCCGUACGGGACUCCAGGAGCUCGACCCAUCGCUAAUUAGCCUCGUACUCUUUUUCCCCCUUUUUUCUUCGGAGGCAGUCAUCGUUUUCCACCUCCUCUAUCCUUCGUCGUCAGUAUAAAAAAAUACCGAACCACCGUUUUCCCGCCUCGUUUGCAUGAGUUGUCCUCCCUCCCUCCCUCACACCUGCAUCCUGCUCCGACUCCGAUCUGGUGCUCUCUCGUCGUCUUAGGCUCUCGCCUACUCGCCUCCCAAAUUGGCAACACGCAGGCUGCGAUCUGCAACAUGACAUCGUGCCCCCUCGUGCUGAUUCUGAGCCGUUUCACGAAUCCAAAACAAAGGCCGUACUCGUGACGCCCGGAGGAGCAGGCGGGAACGCUCUGGAGCGAGUCUACCGCCGUGGCGCUCAUUGUCCUCUAUUACUGAGGACGGCCUUGUUGCCAUGGUGAAUAAACACGGGCCCUACUCCCUGACACCUUUUAGGGGUUUGCCCGCGUGUGUCGGGAUGAUCUUGUUUUGCUUUCAUCGAAACUAAGUUUAUGCAAUCAUAUGUUGAAUGUUUUUGAGGUGAACAUGUAUCUAAAGCGCCUCAAUGCAGUAACCGCCACUCAUCUGGUGCCUCGAGUCCAGAAGCCCUGAGAGGAAGUGAGAGGAAAGGAACCUGCUGACGUCUAAACUGUGCUCUGUGUUUGUGACUUGAGAACAGGGGGAUAAUCUUUCCUUUUAGUUACUUGUUUGUUCAUUUAAAAAAGUUCUAGCAGGUGAUGUGUGUGUGUGUGUGUGGCUGAAUUGCACCACUGCCCCAUGUUCUGAAGAGCACUCAAAUAUUCAGGUGGGUUCCCAUAACUUGCUAAGAAGAAAUCUAUAUAUCUACCUGCCAACACCUUAUUUCCUUGUCUUUACGGAUAAAUUCGGGUCAAAGUGUAACUCAGAGAAAUGAUCCAGUUCAGUCAUAAACACAGAAGAGAAAACGAGCUCCAUCCGACUUGGAGAAUCUGAAUUAGUUUUGGUCCUCACUUGCCUCCCAGGGCUCCCGUACUCUAGCAAGAGUAUUCAGAUCCUCCAAAUUGCUUUUAAACUUGUGAAGUAAAAGUACAGCACACAUGUGGGAGAUGCCUCAUCCUUUACCCGUCGGUCCUCUGGAUAGCUCCACGGGGUGAAGCUGAUAUGAGCGGUCCUUCUCUGUUGAAUACAGAUCUGGAGACUUUACCUCCUUCUUCUCUGGUGUGGGUGGAGGUUCUUCCUCCACUGCGUUUAAAAGAGAGAGUCAGUGCUCGGUUGUCGUGAAGCUGCAGCCAUUCCACAUUGGUCCUCGUGUGUUAGGAAUAUCAGUAGUUCAGAGUUACUCUCACAGCCUGUCUCCCCCCCGAGUGUAGAGGAGAACCGUGGCUCAAUUACUCAUCACAGACCAGCACACACACACACACACACACACAAUGCAGUGGGAGAAUUGCUCAAGCUGCCCCCCACAUGAGCGAGGCCCUGUGCUUUUUAAUUGAUGCUUCGGUUCACCUUUGAUGAGAGCUAUCGAUUGGCCACACACACCAGCCAGCCAGCCAGCGCCGCCCUCCUGGAGUCCAAACAGCUCCUGGAGAAAAUCCAACAAUCACUCGGAAAUGAUCUACCAAAUUGUUGAGAAAUAGCCAGCACAGAGAGUGCGUUAGGCACAGGAUUAAUAUAUCAAAUAAAAAGAGGAACUAUUUAUUGGGACAGCAGAGCGGUUUUUGUUUUGUUUAUUGGUUAGUUUUCUCUUUCCGUGGUUUCUGUUGUUGUUUUUUCACCUCUUUGUUCCAGCGCCGAGGAGGACAUGGUCACGCCUCGCACACGCUGCUCGGUGUGUGUGAUCUUUGAGAAACUAUCUGUACAUCUGUGGAUUUUAGGAUUUGACUUGGGUUUUAUGAGUUGCUGUUUUUUUUGUUUUUUUCUCUCUCUCUGAUGAAGCUUUCAAUAAAAAAAAUGUGGGAAAAAAAGCA